AUGCAAGGCAAAAGAAAGGCAAUUGCUGAUACUGGCGGUGAUAAUGGUGAUGGAGGAGGAGCUGGUGGCUAUGGUGGUAACACUAGGGGUAUCGGUCCAUUACCGAGGAGACGAAGAAUAAGGUCAUUUCCACCUCCUUUUCUGAUGAAGACAUUCGACAUGAUUGAAGAUCCAGAAACCAACUCCAUCAUAUCUUGGAGUCCAAACAGUACAAGUUUCACAAUUUGGGACCAAAUCAAGUUCACUGCAGAGCUCCUUCCCAAGAACUUUAGGCAUGGCAAUUUCUCAAGCUUUGUUUAUCAGCUCAACAACUACGGGUUCAAAAAGAUCAGUUGGGACAAAUUUGAAUAUGAAAACCCAUGGUUUCAAGCAGGAAAGAGGCAUUUGCUCAAGCAUAUAAAGCGAAGGAACCAACAGUGUGAAUAUGAUUCCGUGAUCCAGCCUUCAUGUGGAUCUACAGAUAAUUUGUUGAAGGAUAGAAUGGAGGACCAGCUAGAAACUCUAAUGAUUGAGCAGCAUGGUUUGAAAGUUGAACUUGAGAAACUUAAUGAAAAACAAAAGCAAAUGGUGAAUCACUUCAACAAAAUAGAAGAGAGCAUAAAAGUUUCUGAGAGAGAAAAAGAAGAAAUGGUCAGCCAACUACUUGUUCAGGUUUUCAUCCAGAAGCUAAGAGAGAAAAGAGAAAUGAGUAAAUAUGAAGCCACAAAGAAUCAAGAGUUGGACAACUCUACGAGAAAGGAAAUCUUGGAGCUUGUCGCUGAGGGGAAUUGUUCUAGACAUAUUGACAAGAACAAACAAGUGCAAGAAGAAGUGAUGGUAAUCCAAACAGAAGGACAAACUUUCUGCCCCCCUGAUAACUCAGGAGGUUCAAACCAAGAAAAGAAAGCUACUGCAACUUCAGAAACUUAUCAAAAUCGUGACUUCUGGAAGAAAAUGAUAGAGGAUGGUUCAGAGCAUGAAAAUGGAGGACAUGAAGAGCUAGAAGAGUAUCAUCCAAAAGCCAUUCUGAAGCUGCAGGAUCUUAUUGCCUCCAAUACUCUAGUUCAAGGGGAAAAUCAAGAGGAAAAACCUGUUACUGUCAUGGAAGAUCAGGAUGGAGUAUCUGAAAAUAUGCACCUAGAAUAA